UAUACAUUUCACGUGUGAUUAGUGGCCGUGUUGCGUGCGCAGUUCGUUACUGCCGCAAAGGUAGUGCUAACCGCGAUAUCUAAAGGAGGAUUUUGCGUGUGCUACUGUCUGCCAUCAUGGAACGUUUGGGGGAGCAAAGCAGCCGUAAAAGAAAAAUGAAAUUUGAAGCGUUGGCUUUGAAGGUGCUGGUGGAGGAGACGUGUGCUCACAGUGGAGAACUGAAGCAGAAACAUCUAAGCGUUGCCAGAAGAAACGCGAUUUGGGAGGCCAUCUGUGAAAAGGUGAAUGCUGUGAGCCGAACCAGAAGAUCUCCCGAUGAAGUAAAAAGAAGAUGGCAGGAUUUUCGCAGGAGAACAAAAGAAAAACUUUCUCUCAAUAAAUCCACCUCUAGCAAAUCAAUCGGGGCCCCAGUAGAAGAGAUCCCCCUCACUACAACUGAGCAGACGCUUCUGGAAACGUUUUGCGAUGAGCAGAUUGUUGGAAUCCAGGGAUGUGACUCGCAAAAAAUAGUGAACCAAGCUGGUGAAACUUUAUCAGAUGGCCGGAAGUCGCCGCCUUCUUCCACCAGUGUGCCUACAUCAGAAAACUGCCCAGCGGGGCCCCGAAGGUGUCCUGACUGUGAUGACGUUGAUCUGGAGCGGAUGCAGGAACGAAAUCAGACGGACUCACUACAGGCCAUUGCGCAGGAGAUCAGAGCCGUAGCCAAUGUUGCGCGCGCUUUCCGCCGUGACGCUCAGGCCAUCGUGGCGCACACGAGGCAGCUGGUCAGUGCCGUGACUGGGCUCACAAUGGCUGUAAAUGCCCUGGCAGGAGUUGGAGGCAGUGUUCCUUCCCCUGCGCCGCCGGCGAAUGAAGUGGACCAGUCCAUGCAGUUUGGCAGCGACCGAAGCCGCUUCACAGAGGGUAAAAGAGCAGUGGAAGAUAAAAAUAUUGGGCCCCUUAUAAAAACCAUCAUGACCCGUUGUAUCCAGUGCACUCGCUGCGUGCGCUUUGCCAGUGAGAUUGCAGGUGUGGAGGACCUCGGCACCACCGGCAGAGGCAACGACCUCCAGAUUGGGACUUAUGUGGAGAAGACGUUCAUGUCGGAGUUAUCUGGGAACAUUAUUGAUAUAUGUCCAGUUGGAGCGCUGACGUCCAAGCCUUACGCUUUCACUGCUCGUCCUUGGGAGACCAGGAAGACUGAGUCUAUUGAUGUUCUGGAUGCUGUGGGGAGUAACAUAGUGGUGAGCACUCGUGGUGGGGAAGUGAUGAGGAUUUUACCCCGUCUUCAUGAGGAUAUAAAUGAGGAAUGGAUCUCAGAUAAAACCAGGUUUGCUUAUGAUGGUCUAAAGAGACAGAGGCUUACUCAGCCAAUGGUGAAAAACAAAUCUGGGAAUUUGGUCCCGACAUCGUGGGAAGACGUUUUGACCCGAGUGGCUGGAGCGUUGCAAAGCGUCAAAGGAAGCGACAUUGCCGGUGUUGUUGGAGGUCUGGUGGAUGCAGAGGCUCUCAUUUCCCUGAAAGACUUGCUGAACCGUUUGAAUAGUGAUAACCUCUGCACUGAGGAAGUGUUUCCGAUGGCUGGAUCUGGAACUGAUCUGCGUUCCAAAUAUCUGCUUAACACUAGCAUCGCUGGCAUUGAAGAGGCUGACGUGCUCCUGCUUGUGGGCACCAACCCUCGCUAUGAGGCACCUCUCUUCAAUGCACGCAUCAGAAAAAGCUGGCUUCACAAUGAGCUGCACGUAGCUCUAGUGGGCAAGAAAGUGGACCUAAGUUACACUUAUGAUCAUCUUGGAGAGUCUGCCAAGAUCCUGAAAGAAAUUUCUUCAGGAACGCACCCUUUCUCUCAGGUUUUGGCUCAAGCAAAGCGCCCCGUUGUUGUAGUUGGCAGCAGUUGCCUGCAGAGAGAGGAUGGGGCUGCGAUAAUGGCUGCUGUGUCAACUAUUGCUAGGAAUGCUCGGGUCAGCAGCGGCCUGCAGGGAACCUGGAAGAUUCUCAAUGUGCUUCAUAGGGUUGCUAGUCAAGUGGCAGCACUUGAUCUGGGAUACAAGCCAGGUGUUGACUCAAUCUUGAAGAAUCCGCCUAAAAUUUUGUUCUUACUUGGGGCUGAUGCCGGCUGCAUCACUCGCCAAGACCUUGCAAAGGACAGCCUGAUAAUUUAUCAAGGUCACCAUGGUGAUGUGGGUGCCCCGAUAGCUGACAUCAUACUCCCUGGAGCUGCAUACACAGAAAAAUCAGCUACCUAUGUGAACACAGAGGGCCGUGCCCAGCAGACCAAAGUUGCUGUGACUCCUCCCGGCAUGGCCAGGGAGGACUGGAGGAUCAUCAGAGCCAUAUCUGAGCUUGCCGGAGUGACUCUGCCUUAUGACAGUCUUGAUGAAGUACGUGACAGACUGGUUGAGGUUUCCCCUAAUCUGGUUCGAUACAAUGAACUUGAGGAGGCCAACUAUUUUAAGCAGGCUAAUGAACUGUCCAAGGGAGCGAACCAGGCAGUGCUCACUGAAAGCUUAGUUCCCCCACAGCUUACUGUGAAGGACUUUUACAUGACAGAUCCCAUAAGCAGAGCCUCCCAGACCAUGGCAAAAUGUGUGAAAGCUGCCACAGAGGGAGCCCAAGCUGUGGAAGAGCCAGCCAUUUGCUGAAGCACAAUGAAUAGCCGUCAAAUGAUACGCACAACUUCUACAUUUGCACUUUUCUAGAUGGAUACUUUUUUGCACAUCACUGUAGAUGUUCUGUAAUGAAAUGUCAUUGUUUAACCUUUUUGUCUGCAGAGUUUAUAAUAUCACCUCAUAUUUUAUAGAUAUCCUGAAAUCUAUAAGGUAAAAAGAGUAUAUAGUUUAAGUGUAUAUAUUUUUUAAGUGUUCAAAAUAAAUAAACUGAAAUUGGUAGCAAGUCAAAUAAAUCUUUUCAAAUUUA